AACAGGAUGCUGUUGCUACUGGCCCUGCUGCCUCUCUUCCCGCCGCCGCCGCCGCCGCCGCCGCUGGUCCUGCUUUUGCUUUUACUUCUCCUGCAUGACAGUUGCUUUCUCCAUCUAAGCAGACAGCAGCUUCAGAUGCUCGAGGUGAGAAACAUGCCUUUCAGUUUGGGCUACUGGUUUACCUAAUUGACCAACCCUCGGCUCGGUUUCGGUUUUGGCCCCAGUCCUCUUGACCAGCCGGGAUGGUUCGGAGAAGCAUUUGAAAGAACUGCAAAAGUGGCCCAGAAACAGCCAUCACGAAUUACAAUAUACUUGUAUUUGGUAGUUGCUAGAGGCUUUUUUUCCUCCUUCCUGCCUCCUGAACUCCUCUUGCUUUUGAUAAUGGCCUUGGACUUGGAAGACUUAUCGAUUUCCCCCUGUAAGAUGCUGCAUCAUUUGGUUGGGGGGGGCUCUGCAUGGUAAUGGACCGUGAGAGAGGCCAGGCCUUCUGGAGGUGAGCCGAUGGAGAUUUAUUCCCCAGACAUGUCCGAGGGAGCUGCUGAGAGGUCCUCCAGCCCCUCCACUCAGCUGAGCGCAGACCCAUCUCUUGAUGGGCUUCCGGCAGCAGAAGACAUGCCAGAGACCCAGACUGAAGAUGGGAGAACCCCCGGACUCGUGGGCCUGGCAGCUCCCUGCUGUGUGUGCCUGGAAGCCGAGCGCCUGAGAGGUUGCCUCAACUCAGAGAAAAUCUGCAUUGUCCCCAUUCUGGCUUGUCUAGUCAGCCUCUGCCUCUGCAUUGCCGGCCUCAAGUGGGUGUUCGUGGACAAGAUAUUUGAGUAUGACUCUCCUACUCACCUUGACCCUGGGGGGUUAGGCCAGGACCCUAUUAUUUCUCUGGAUCCAACUGCUGCCUCAGCUGUGUGGGUAGCAUCUGAGGCAUACACUUCACCUGUCUCUAGGGCUCCAUCUGAAACUGAGGUUCAAGUUACACUGCAAGUUGACAAUGCUGUUGUGUCCUCCCAACCUGCAGCGGUACCCACCCCGAAGAAUCGUAUUUUUGCUUUUUCUUUCCUGCCAUCCACCGCACCAUCCUUCCCUUUCCCCACACGGAACCCCGAGGUGAGAACACCCAAGUCAGCAACUCAGCCACAAACAACAGAAACUAAUCUCCAAACUGCUCCUAAACUUUCUACGUCUACAUCUACAACCGGGACAAGCCAUCUUGUAAAGUGUGCAGAGAAGGAGAAAACUUUCUGUGUGAAUGGAGGCGAGUGCUUCAUGGUGAAAGACCUUUCAAACCCCUCAAGAUACUUGUGCAAGUGCCAACCUGGAUUCACUGGAGCAAGAUGUACUGAGAAUGUGCCCAUGAAAGUCCAAAACCAAGAAAAAGCGGAGGAGCUGUACCAGAAGAGAGUGCUGACCAUCACCGGCAUCUGCAUCGCCCUGCUUGUGGUCGGCAUCAUGUGUGUGGUGGCCUACUGCAAAACCAAGAAACAACGGAAAAAGCUUCAUGACCGGCUUCGGCAGAGUCUGCGGUCUGAACGCAACAACAUGGUCAACAUAGCCAACGGGCCUCACCACCCCAACCCGCCCCCCGAGAACGUCCAGCUGGUGAAUCAAUACGUAUCUAAAAAUGUCAUCUCUAGUGAGCAUAUUGUUGAGAGAGAAGCGGAGACAUCUUUUUCCACCAGUCACUACACCUCAACAGCUCACCACUCUACUACUGUCACCCAGACUCCUAGCCACAGCUGGAGCAAUGGGCACACUGAAAGCAUCAUUUCAGAAAGUCACUCUGUAAUCAUGAUGUCAUCAGUAGAAAACAGUAGGCACAGCAGCCCAGCUGGGGGCCCAAGAGGACGACUUAAUGGCUUGGGAGGCCCUCGCGAAUGUAACAGCUUCCUCAGGCAUGCCAGAGAAACCCCUGACUCCUACCGAGACUCUCCUCAUAGUGAAAGGUAUGUGUCAGCAAUGACCACCCCGGCUCGCAUGUCACCUGUAGAUUUCCACACGCCAAGCUCCCCCAAAUCGCCCCCUUCGGAAAUGUCUCCACCUGUGUCCAGCACGGCGGUGUCCCUGCCCAUCAUGGCAGUCAGCCCCUUCGUGGAAGAAGAGAGACCUCUGCUUCUUGUGACACCACCACGGCUUCGGGAGAAGUAUGACCCCCACCCUCAGCAGUUCAACUCCUACCACCACAACCCUUCACAUGGGAACAACAGCCUGCCCCCUAGCCCCUUGAGGAUAGUGGAAGAUGAGGAGUAUGAAACCACCCAGGAGUACGAGCCAGCUCCAGAGCCUGUUAAGAAACUCACCAGUAGCCGGCGGGCCAAAAGAACCAAGCUCAAUGGCCACAUUGCUAACAGGUUGGAAAUGGACAGCAACGCAAGCGCUGAGGGCACUAACUCAGAGAGUGAAACAGAAGAUGAGAGGGUAGGGGAAGCUACUCCCUUUCUGGGCAUUCAGAACCCCCUGGCAGCCAGUCUUGAGGCAGCACCUGCCUUCCGCCUGGCGGACAGCAGGACUAACCCAGCAGGCCGCUUCUCGACGCAGGAGGAAUUGCAGGCCAGGCUGUCUAGUGUAAUCGCUAACCAAGACCCUAUCGCUGUAUAAAACCUAAAUAAACACAUAGAUUCACCUGUAAAACUUUAUUUUAUAUAAUAAAGUAUUCCACCUUAAAUUAAACAAUUUAUUUUAUUUUAGCAGUUCUGCAAAUAGAAAACAGGAAAAAAAACUUUUAUAAAUUAAAUAUAUGUAUGUACAAAUGUGUUAUGUGCCAUAUGUAGCAAUUUUUUACAGUAUUUCAAAACGAGAAAGAUAUCAAUGGUGCCUUUAUGUUCUGUUAUGUUGAGAGCGAGUUUUGUACAGUUACUGUGAUUGCUUUUCCACAGUAUUUCAGCAAAACCUCCCAUAUAUUCAGUUUUCGCUGGCUUCUUGUGCAUUGCAUUAUGAUGUUGACAGGAUGUAUGAUUUGCAAGACUUGCAACUGUCCCUCUGUUUGCUAUUUCUAGUAGCGCCCAAUCAGUACGUCUUGUAAUGGCACAUCCAUCCAAAUACUCUUCUCUUUUGUACGAAGUUUUCUUUUGCUUUCAGUAUAUGAAAUGAGUUGUGUCUACUCUGCCAGCCAAAGGUUUGCUUCACUGGGCUCUGAGAUAAUAGUAGAUCCAACAGCAUGCUACUAUUAAUUACAGCAGGAAACUGCAUUAAGUAAUGUUAAAUAUUAGGAAGAAAGUAGUAUUGUGAUUUUUUUAAAAAACUAUAUUCUUA